AUGCUCACCUUCCCUGAGAUCUGUUCGGAAGACACUAUGACUUUGUAUCUUCAAGAAGGUGCGCAGUUAGUGGAGAAACGGGCACGAUCAUGUUCCGCAUGGAAAUGGCGCUAUGAUGGUGUACAUCCGAGCCCAUUGCUGUUUCGAGGGGACAGCGAUGAUGAGCCAAAUCUGCAUACGCCCUUUACCCGGCUAUCAUCGUGCAGAUCAUCUAUGUCGUCAGCUUCGUUUGGUCUGAAUCGGUACUUCGCAUCGAAAAACACUCAUCUCACCUCGGAUUCCGCUCUAGGAGUCGGUUUUCUGGCUGAGUUGGGAGGUUCACCGGUUCGAUCACUUGAUGGUAGCGUAAGUCCUGUGGAAGAAGAUUCGGAAUUCAUCUUACCUCCCAUCAACACCUCUUCAAUCAUGACGUCAUCGAUGGUCGAUUAUUUUCAAUUGGCAGCUUACGAUGAUCUCUCUGAAAGUGAAGACUCUCCCAGCAGCUCGGAUAAAAAGGACCUGCGAAUUGAUGGCAAGAAAAUCGACUGUCAAAAGCAGGAGUCUGUAUCUGAGGCCGAAUCAACAACCACUGGCCAAGGUUUCGAUACUGAGGCUGAAAUGGCUAGAUCGUUUGUGCUGAGUGGAUGGGCGGAUGUUGAGGAUUUGGACACUUUUAUAUCCCUGUUGGAUCGAAGGACCAUCCCAAGCAAGCAGAGGAUCUCAUCAGCAGAGACUAUGGCUUUCAUCGAUUCAAAGUUGCAGUACAUGAAAGAGAUGCAAAUCGAGAAAGAGGAACCACCGAAGAUUGAGAAGGAAACAAAGGAGACUGAGCGUGUGAUACAAGUACGGGGUCAGCCGAUCGGACCCGUGCAAGAUGGCUCUCUGUUCUUGGACUCAUUGCUCACCCAGCUGGCAGAAAUGACUGAACACUCAUUAGCCUUCAAUCUACAACUGGCUAAUGUUCUCUGCUCAUUAGCUGCUUACCCACAGCCGGUGCUUGUUGCCAGCAUCUUUAACACCAAAGCUAGCGAUGGCUUUCCUCAUUUGAUUCAGGUGCUGUCUGAGUUGAAGGAUCGUGUUGACGCGGCUGCGACUGGCAUUGAAGGUUUGGAUGUCUAUGUUGGCAGAGCUUUACGGACGUUAAAUGGCAGAGCAGAGAAAAUGGAACGUUAUAAUGAUGGAUAUAUAGCUCGGUAA